AUAUUUUAAUACAAAUAAGUAAUAAAAAAAUAACUCAUAGAAUAAGCAAGCGUUUUGGAGACUUGAAGACACAAAACGGCGAAAGAAUGUGGUCGAGUUUUUUCGCAGCCAUUGUAACCAGCUUCAUUCUGGUCAAGCAAGUGGCAGCAAGUUCGUGCAGCACCUCGUGCAGUCGAACUCUCUAUAUAGAGGAGUUAGCAGCAGAUAUUUCAUCUCCGUGUUAUCCUGGCAAUUAUUUGCAAAAUCUAAACUGUAGAACAGAGAUACAGUCUGAUGGAACGAAUCUGACUCAAAUACAAAUCACAGCCUUCAAUUUGGAACCAUGGCAUGACUUUCUCAAGUUAUAUGGCGUGACAAGCUUCUUAUUAUUCAUAAACUCAACAACAAAGAACGUAAUAAUAACCGGUUAUCCAAUUGGUAACAUUACUGCUCUGUUUUCAACGGACUCCAGCAUCAACAAAUUCGGAUAUAAUGCUACUGUUCGAGCAAUUUCGGAAAGUGACGUCCUCAAUCAGUAUAAUAGCUAUCACGCGGAGGGCGCUGCUCAUGUAUUGAAUUCUCCGGUAUAUUUAUCCAGCAGUGGUGACAAGGGAAUGAAUGGAGAAGCUAUUGAUUUGAUGUUCCUUAAUAUUCCUAACACCACCGACACACCUAUUCAAUCGUGGAAUGAUUACACAAUUAUUCUCGCAAACCUGAACGAAUCCGCUGUAUUAACUUUCAACAUAACUGCUACCGGAUUCACUGCAAAAUGGAUGGAAGUAUCCGGAUCAAUUUCGUACAAUGUAUCGGUCUUUGAUUCUGACGGAAACAUUUUAAAAUCUGUCGUUACUACCGAAACGGUCCAAAUCUUCAGCGACCUACCAAGCGGCUCUGAUUAUAACAUUUCUGUAAAAAUUACUGAUAAGCUGGGAAAUGUUGGAUACUUUAGUGGUAAUACCACCACCGAUGUUCUUUCUCCCACCAAUCUACGGGUAACUGAUAUAAAACAAACAAACUUCACGGCAAUAUGGGAUGCUGUUGAUGGAGCAACUUCUUAUCGGUGUGACUAUGACGCUAACGGCGUAUCCUACUCCAAGCAAACUGAAAAUGCAAGUUUUCUGGUAACUGGAUUAUCACCUGGAUCGCUGUACACAAUAAAUAUUUUUGCCAUAUUCCCAGUCGGUGUGAGCGAUGCAUCUUCUAUUCAACAGAUUACAGUUCCGGAAAGUGUAAGCAAUCUUCACUUGGUGCAUACAACAUAUGCUGUCAAUGUGUCUUGGACUGGUGCUACAGGCGCGUCGGACUACAGAGUGACUUUGCACGAUGAAGGAAACGGAUCCCAAAUUUUGAUCACAAUGGAUACCAAGAUUCUCAUUGGGAAUCUUUCACCUGGACUCGACCAUUAUCUUACCAUUGAAUCUGUUAAUGCAGGCGGGAAAAGCCCAGCAGUUGGGACAAACUUUACCACAGUUCCGUCAAGUGUAAGCGAGCUUCGUGUUGUUUCCUUAACAACGUCUGCUAGUGUAUCGUGGAGUGGCGUAAAAGGAGUUUUAUACUAUACCUUCACCUUGAGUGGUGACGUAAGAGAGGCAAUAUCCAACACAACAGACAUCAACAUUACUGUGCCUUCUCUGUUGCCUGGGACGGAUUACUUUCUUAAAGUUGAAGCUGUAAAUACAGCGGGAGUGAGUCCGCCAACUUCAUUGAACUUUACAACGGAAUUGUUGCCCUUUGGUGCCUCCAUUGAAGUUGCCUCCAUAACGACGGAUAGUUUUGUCCUGAAUUGGACAUCAAUACCUGGAGCGAUAUACUAUGAACUAACAGUUUCAGAAAAGCGAAAUAUGUAUAAUUGUACGCAUAAGUUAUCAGUUAAUGAAAGCCGGAAAUCAUUCACUAAUUUGCCGAGUGGAUCAUUAUUUGAAAUCACUCUCAAAGUAUAUAACAGGCCCACAAACUACAAAACAAUGAAUGGAACUGCCACAACAGGAAUGAAAACACCAGAUAAUACAUCAGUUACAACUAUAACUCAAACAUCUUUUCGUGUUAGUUGGUCGACAAUUAAAGGAGCCAUACAUUAUCAAAUAAACGCAACUUCUGAUGGCAGUAUCAUUCACAAAGAAACUUCAUCUAAUUCGGCAUACUUAGAUAAUUUAUCUUCUGGAACAGUGUAUAACUUGAGUAUUUUAGCGAUUUUCCCUUCUGGCACGAGUUCGCCAUCUUCCAGAAGUCAAAUUACAGUUCCGUCAAGUGUAAGCGAGCUCCGUGUCGUUUACUCAACAACAUCUGUUAGUACAUGGUGGAACGGCACAAAAGGAGUUUCCUACUAUACCUUGACCUUGAAUGGUGGCGAAAGAGAGACAAUAAUCAACACAACAGACACCAACGCUAACAUGACUACUCUGUUGCCUGGGACGGAUUACUCUCUUAAAGUUGAAGCUGUGAAUGCAGCGGGAGUGAGUUCACCAGCUUCAUUGAACUUCACAACUGAACUGUUGCCCUCCGGUGCCUCUAUCGAAGUUGUCUCCGCAUCAGCGGAUGGUUUCGUCCUCAAUUGGACAUCAAUACCUGGAGCGACUUACUAUGAACUAACAGUCCUAGAAAAACGAAAUAUGUAUAAUUCUACACAUAAGUUAUCAGUUAAUGAAACUCGGAAAUCAUUCAUUAAUUUGCCGAGCGGAUCAUUAUUUGAAAUCUCGCUCAGAGUGUAUAACAGGCCCACAAACUACAAAACAAUGAAUGGAACUGCCAAAACAGAAAUGAAAACACCAGGAAAUGUUUCAGUUACAGCUGUAACUCAAACAUCUUUUCGUGUUAGUUGGUCGGCAAUUAAAGAAGCUAUACAUUAUCAAGUUAACGCAACUAGUGAUGCCAACAUUGUCCACGAAAUUGCUCUAUCUCCUUCGGUAUUACUCAAUAGACUAUCUCCAGGAACACUGUACAAUUUAAGCAUCUUUGCAAUCUUCCCCGCUGGUAUCAGUUUGCCGUCAAUUGAGAGUCAAAUUACAGUUCCUGGGAACAUCAGCAACUUGACCAUAAGCAGCAUUCUUACAACUAGCUUUACGCCGUAUUGGUCAAGCAUCAAGUGUGCUUGCUCGUACUCAAUGACCAUAAUUCGAGAUAAAGACAAUGCAUGGAAGAAGGAAAUUGGCAAUGUUACCAGCGGAGGUUCAAUUACAAACGUUGAACCGGGAAUUACGUAUACAGUCUACGUCAGCGCUACUAAUGUAGCAGGGAACAGCGCCGCAGCAUCUGCUACGUUUUCAACAGAAUUAAUUCCCCAGUCAACUAGGUUGACAGUGCGGGACGAAACUCCCGACAGUUUUGUGAUAGAAUGGCCUGUUAUUGAUGGGGCAACACAAUACACAAUAUCAGUGAAAGAAAUGAGAAAUCUUUACAACAAAGCGGAAACGAUUACUGGAAACACGAAGACAGUCAAUAGCUUACCGAGUGGUUCUUUUUUCAAUAUCACGCUUACUGUAAUUGGUAAAGAGCCCGAAAAUAACGCAACUUUGACCCACGAUGCAAAAACAGCGGUUAAACCCCCAUCGGGCAUCAAUGUCGUUUCUACAACGCAGACCUCAUUCAAUCUGGGUUGGACCAAAAUUGUUGGAGCUUUGAAAUACAAGAUAAAAGCUUCAGAAGGAGCAAAUAUCAUUUCGAAAGAAUCGCCUAUUGAACAAAUAAAGAUAGACAACCUGUUACCUGGGACUGAAUACAACCUUGAAAUAGUUGCAGAGUUUCCUGUGGGCGCAAGCGCACCUGCGGUUAAGAAGCAAAAAACUGCGCCUGGAAAUAUUACAGAUUUGACUGUAAAAUUAACAACCACGUCGUUUACUCCUAAAUGGACUGCCGUUACCGGUGCUACGUCCUACUCGCUCAAUUUAAAAAGAACAAGAGACAACCAAGAUAUAAAAUCGGACAAGCAAGUUUCAAUCGAAGAAGUUGUGGGAGGAGUCCGUCCGGGAACUCAUUAUACACUUGAUGUCACGGCUGUGAAUGACGCCGGAGGAAGUUUCAAAGCUUUUGAAACUUUUACCACGGACUUGUCCACUCCAACAGAAGUUAAAAUAGUAGCAAUAACAAAGAAUCGUUUUCUGUUGACUUGGAAAGAAGUUGACGGCGCAAAUCAAUACGAGUAUUCGUGCACAGAUAAAAACGCCCAAAACACGACAGAAACUCAAGUUGCAGUAGAGGAUUUAAAGUCUAAUAAACAGUACACUUGCGAAGUUGCAGCUCUAACUCCGGACAUGAAGAGUUUAAAAAGUUCAUAUUCCGAAAGGACAGCAAUGCUCGAAUGUGAUAAAAGUCCGUGCCUAAAUGGUGGUAUUUGCAAGGAACGGGAUACGUCGGGAUUUGAUUGUCAAUGUACUUCUGCAUACGAAGGAAAAACUUGUGAAAACGUACGCAAUUGGUGCGAAGAGAGAGAGACACCUUGUCCUGGAAACGCAACAUGCUUCAAUGACGUGAAUACUCUGAAAUCUCGUUGCGAGUGCAACGCGGGGUUUACAGGGGAUGCGGAAUUACGUUGUGUUGCAUUUUGUCCUGACUCAUCCAUGGUGAAAGACAAUGUUACUUUAACUUUCAACACUUCCUAUACUGGAAGGGUAGCCCAUUCCACGGAAAAGUGUGACGGUCGUUCAAAAGCUUCGGUUGUUUGCGUUACAACAUUUAACGGUAACACGGCUGUUUCUGAAUAUCCAGAAUCUGGAGUCACCUUGGUGAAAUGUGGUACAACAGUGGAUGAUGUGGUAUCCAAGGUAACUGAUACGACGACUGACUCCAAAAAACUAACGGAACAGACAAAAAAAUUAGAAGUCUUGACGUCGGGUGAUGCACUUAAGGAAGACGAUGUCAGUAAAGUAGCUGAAUAUAUUGAUGACGUUGCAAAAAUUUCUGGAAAGAGCAAGAAUACGGUUACUGUCGAAAUUUUGAGCGGUAUUGUCAAUACAGCCGAUAACCUAAUCAGUUCGAAGUCAAUUUCGUUUCUUCAGACCGCCCCCACACCUACCCCCGCAACCCCAAAACCUGGAAACCCUCCACCGCCGACUGAAGCACCCAUUUCAGCCGCCCAAAAAGAAAAAGAGAUAAAACAGAAUAUUUUAAAGAGCCUGACAAUUUUAGCAGAACAAGUGACAAUACCUAACGACACCGAUGAAGUCGUAAUUGAAACAAAGAGCAUGAUUGUAAAGGUUAUCGAAACUCCAGUUUUUGUUCAAAAUUCAAGUGAUCCACAGCCUCAGCCUCAAGUGACCUUUGCUCCAGUCUUAACCAAAUUCACUGGUAGACAAACAAAUGGCUCUAACGUUACUGAAACACAAAUGAGUGUUCCCCUACAAAUCCGUAUUCCGGGUUCUGCAAUAGUAAAAGCAAACAAAGAAAUUAGUGAAACAACCAAGGAAAAGAUCCGGAUAUCAUUCUUACUGCAUAAGGAUGAUACUCUGUUUCCGUCCAGGAAAAAUCCAGAAAUGAUUAUUGCUGCAAACUUGGGAAGCAACGUGACUCUCAAAAAUCUAGAGGAAGACGUCAUAGUGACAUAUGAAGAAGUUAGCAGCCCAGCAGGAAUAUUAAAUUCAUCAAAACCAAUGUUUCAAGAACUUACAGAAUAUGAGUGUGUUUAUUGGGACUUUAAUACCGGAUCUUGGUCCGGAGAAGGGUGUUGUAUUGAUUUUGACGAUUCAAAUCUUUCAACAUGCCGAUGCGACCAUUUGACAAACUUUGCAGUACUCGUGUCCAAAUCAAAUAUACCUGCUGACCUGGUAUUGGAUAUAGUUAGUGACAUAGGAUGUGCUCUCUCUAUAUUUGGUCUUAUCUGCACCAUCAUUAUUCAUUGCUUGAAGGAGGAUAUACGAAAGAAGCGACCAAUUCAACUACUUUUGCACACCUGCUUUUGCUUGCUAUUCUCCUACGUAAUUUUUAUUGCGGGAAUGUCAGUAGAAUCGUCAUCCUUAAGCGAUAACGUUUGCGUAACAAUCGCAGCUCUUCUGCAAUAUUUUUACCUCGCAACGUGGUGUUGGAUGUCUGUCUAUGCCAACGAUAUGUACAGGUCGUUCCUCAAGGUCUUCAAUUCUAAUACUUCUGGAUACAUGACAAAAUGUGUGAUAUUUGCCUACGGAUUCCCUCUGUUGAUUACACUUACAAACGCCUGUAUUGCGGUAUUACAUUUUGAUGCCAACAACAAAUAUCCUUCUUUGUGCCCUAAUAAAGAUGGAUAUAGCGAAGAAAUAAAAUCCAAAUUUCCUCGAAAAUCGGCAUAUGUUUCUCCAAAUUUCUGUUGGAUACAUGAUUUUUCUCUAUAUAUUGGAUUCCUUUUACCGGUUGCACUGAUGCUUGUGUUCAAUAUUUUUGUCUCGGCGAUGGUCAUGAAAACUCUACUAAAUCGUGCAAGCCAGGUUCAAUCUUCAGCCAAACAGACUACAGCGAAAGACCAUUUAUUAAUCAGCAUAACACUCGCGGCUAGCACUGGUUUGACAUGGAUAGUUGGUUAUCUAAUGCUUCUUUCUGAGGACCCUACCUAUCUUCUGGUAACAAGCUGGAUAUUUGCUAUCUUCAACACAACACAGGGCCUUGUAAUAUUUUUCACAACUUGCGUACGUCACGAGAAUAUGCGUAAGAUUUGGUGGAAUCCCAUUCGUGAUAGAUGUUGCGGAAUGUGCUCACGUAUAAAAAUGAUUUCUCCAAAGAGAGAGGGAUUCUCUCUUGCUACGUCAGAGGGAGGCGCAACUUCGUUCGUGUCGGGAAGCACCGAAAAUACGAAAAACACCAUGGUAGCAGCAAAAUCGAUCAUUACAACGAAUGACGAAUUUUCAGCGACUGCAUUUUAAUUAAUAACCGACGUAAACUAAACUAAAUUGAAACGUGCUCCAUAACACCGAAUUGAUAUCCAGCGUGAAAGAUUUUUGCUACAUUAUAAUAGCAGUCCGGACUCCGGACUCGAAAAAAAAAUAGUUUUUGAAGCACGUUUGAUGACCCUUUUAAAACACUAUUAUUUUAAUUAGUAUUAUAUCCCAAGUUUUUCUGUAUUAUAUCAUGAAUUUUUUUAUUUUGAAUAGAAGUUCGAACUGUUUUUGUUUUAAAGAUUUAUUUUUCAUUCCAAACUAUAUAUUAUAAUAGAUUUUAUUUUUAUUUGUUCAUAAUGAUCAUUUUCAUCCUAAGGCUGCUUAAAAUUUCUGUAAAGUAGUUACCCAUGUCAUAUGCAAAUUUGUUGACGACAUGUCACUGAUACGCUAAUAAAAAAUUAGCGACACCAGAAGCUGAUUCAUAUCAAAAACUUUCCAAAUUUUACAAAAUUAUAAUUUAAUAACUCCACUGAAUGAAUUACGCAAACGUUUGAAUUGUAACUAUUCGAUCCACUGUAAAGAUUCAUCAAAAACUUGUAUUUUAUCAUUACUAGGAAAUCUAUCCUUGAAGAACCGUAAAAUUGGAAAACUACUCAGUUUUUACACCACUGUCGCAUUGUCAACACGUAUAUAUCUGAUUACAUCAUAAUAAGUUCAAGUAUAAGAUUUAACACUCGAUUACGUCCACGCUAUAUUUUCUUUCCAAUGUUAUAUGCACUCAUCGUCAAUUUUUUUUAUACAUUCCAAGCUAUUUUGAGCUCCUACCAAUUCGCGGUGGAAAAUCCCCUAAAUUUACAGCGUUUUUUAGUCAAUUUUGUAACAAAGAAAAACACAUGGUAUAAUUUUAGUUUUCUCACGGAAUACUUUGAAGCUGAGGAAUAAAAUAAAUUGAUUUUCACAUAACUUUGAACUGGAUUUCUCUCUAUGGCAAUAUAUUAUUUUAGAUUUUUAUUGCAGAUUUUACUAUUUCUUUAUCGUUGCUUUUUACAGUAAUAUAAAAGUGUAAAUAUUAGUAAAAAUAAUAAUAAUUAUAUAUAUAUUAUAUAACAUUUCUCCAAGUUCCUGAUCCUUGAUUGUAAUUUCAUAACUGCUAUGCAAUGUUUUUGUUUUCGAUAUAAUUUGUACUAUGGAUGAUAAAUGAAUCUUGGAUAUAGUUUUUGUUUUCGUUAUAGUUUGUACUAUGAAUUAUAAAUGAAUCUUGGAUAUAUAUAUUUUAGUUGUUCAGAUGGCGAUGUUAUUAAUCAUUAUUAAAAUCGAUGCAUUGUUUUCCGCAGUUGUUUAGUGUAAUAUUGUGCACAUUUCAAUAUCAUUUUUAUUCAUCAUAUUAUAUUAUUUAACCAAACCAUAUAGAAAUAUAUCAAGUGUUUUAUUAAGGACAAAAAGCUAUACGAAACGGGGCUGCAUUCUCAAAAUUUUAUAAGUAUUUUUCUUGUGACGUGGGCGUGAAUCCUAGUCAAAACUUUUUUUUAAAUUUGUAUUGAUUCAUUGUGCCUUUUUUUGCACAAAGGGCUUCUUUCAAAUUACAAACAUUUAAUUCUAAGUACUGUCGGUAUAAGUGAACCUGGCGAUUUAUAAAGAGAAAUAACAACAUCCUGAUGUGCAGGUAGAUUAGAAGUCGAAAGUUCGUAAAAAGCAUAAACGGUCUCUGAUCCUUGCCUCCUUAUUAAGAUCGAGGUGUACUUUGGAUCAAAGAAAUGUUAGUUACGCCUUUCAGUAUAUUUCUAAAUCUUGAUCUCGACCCGUUUACGCUGAAAUUUGCUUUGUGCUAAGAUUACCAGAUCUUGACGCUUCCGCAUUUUAUAUUCCCCAUAUUCAGACGAAAAUCAUUAUUUAUCUCUGAAUGCAUAAUGACUCUCAUUACCUAAGUAAUAUUACA